AUGGCUGACGGCCUCACUCUGAUGGCCACUACCCCGGAUGGGAAGCCGACUACUUUCGUCAUUUACAAGGCUGAGGAGCCAAUGAAGGUUGGCCCUGUUGAAAAGGUCUUCAUCGGCGGAAUGGAUUUCUAUUAUGUUGGUUGUUUUCAUGACGAUUUCUACUGCUGA